AAAAACUGAUAGGGAAAAGAAAAGCCUUUUCUUUACUUUCUUUUUGCACAGGACAGAUCUCUAGCUUUCACAAUCGUCGAAUCUCCCAUUUUUCUUCUUUUUUACAUUACUCGAUUUUUCGCUCCAUUGCCGCUUGUUUCUUUUUCUCCCGUUCUUUCUUCUAUGUAUUAUUAUUAUUAUUAUUAUUGUUAUUAUUAAAUAAUUUGUUGAGUUUCUUUUUCCUGAAAAUAAUUAGCGCUGUAAUUUAGGUAUUAUUGAACGAUUAUUUGGCAAAGAGAAGGAGAAAGGGACAGAAAAUUUUUUUAAAUUUUUUUUAUGAGAAUUGACGGAGAAGAAGAAUGAACGAUGCCGGUACUGCGUAACGGAGCACGCAGGGGCCGGGCAGCAGCACCGAAGCGACAACAGCAGCAGCAACAGCAAAAUCCGAUCGAGGAGGGGGAAGCGAUUGCAACACGGACUAGGCGGCGGCGGAGGGCGGCAGAAGCGGCGGCCGCAGCAGCAGUUGAUGUGCCUGUGACUAACAAUAACAACGGCGACAGCGAGAAUAAGAAUAAGAAUAAGAAACAGCGGGCGCUGGGGGUCAAUGAGAAGUUAGCCGUCGGGGCGGCUGGGGAAGCGGCAACUGGGAAGGAGGACAACAAUAAUAAUCAUAAUAGGGUUUUAGUGGAACGGGAGAGAGUAGAAGGAGAGGAAGUUGGGGAGAAGCCGAUGGACGGGUGUGGUAGCGGAGGAAGGCGGAGCAAUGAUAAGGGUAAUGCUGGUGAGGAUGAAGGCAGCACCGCACCGCUUCCUGAAAAGGUUCAGUUUGGUGGUUCUGCAGUGUAUAGAAUUGAAAAGAAGUUGGGCAAGGGUGGCUUUGGACAGGUCUGUGUAGGUCGACGUAUUUCUGCUGUAAGUACAAAUGAUAAAAAUGGCUCUGGGGCUCUAGAGGUUGCCUUGAAAUUUGAGCAUAGAAGUAGCAAAGGCUGUAACUAUGGACCGCCGCAUGAGUGGCAAGUUUACAACACUCUUGGUGGCAGUCAUGGUAUACCCCGAGUGCACUAUAAGGGUCGUCAAGGUGACUAUUAUGUCAUGGUUAUGGAUAUGCUGGGUCCUAGUCUGUGGGAUGUUUGGAAUAAUAACAAUCAUACAAUGUCUGUUGAAAUGGUUGCUUGCAUUGCUAUUGAAGCAAUAUCCAUAUUGGAGAAGGUGCACUCUAAAGGCUAUGUGCAUGGAGAUGUGAAGCCUGAGAAUUUUCUUCUAGGUCCUGUGGGAACUCCUGAUGAAAAAAAAUUAUUUCUUGUUGAUCUUGGAUUAGCAACUAGGUGGCGAGAUAGUUCAACAGGUUCACAUAUUGAAUAUGACCAAAGGCCAGAUGUUUUUAGAGGAACAGUCCGUUAUGCCAGUGUGCAUGCUCAUUUAGGGAGAACUUGUAGCCGGAGGGAUGAUCUAGAAUCUCUUGCGUAUACACUUGUUUUCCUUCUUAGAGGCCGUUUGCCUUGGCAAGGAUAUCAGGGAGAGAAUAAAGGGUUCCUCGUUUGUAAGAAGAAGAUGUCAACAUCUCCAGAGGCCUUGUGUUGCUUCUGUCCGUUGCCUUUCAAGCAGUUUGUUGAAUAUGUAGUCAACUUGAAGUUUGCUGAAGAACCUAAUUACGCAAAAUACAUUUCUCUGUUUGAUGGGAUUGUUGGUCCAAAUCCUGAUAUUCGUCCAAUUAACACAGAAGGUGCACUGAAGCUUAUUUAUCAAGUUGGUCAAAAGAGAGGCCGGUUGUCUACGGAUGAGGAGGAAGAUGAACAACCAAAGAAAAAGGUUCGUAUGGGCAUGCCAGCAAUGCAAUGGAUUAGUGUUUACAAUGCUCAUAGACCUAUGAAGCAAAGGUAUCACUAUAAUGUCUCAGAUGGAAGGCUUGCGCAGCACGUCGAAAAAGGAAAUGAGGAUGGCUUAUUUAUUAGCAGUGUAGCUUCCUGCCAGAACCUAUGGGCCGUUAUAAUGGAUGCUGGCACUGGAUUCUCUGCACAAGUCCAUCAACUCUCGCCCUAUUUUCUUUAUAAGGAAUGGAUAAUGGAGCAGUGGGAGAAGAACUAUUAUAUCAGUGCAAUUGCAGGGGCUACAGAUGGAGGCUCCUUAGUAGUAAUGUCAAAGGGUACAUCGUAUUUGCAGCAGUCGUACAAAGUGAGCGAAUCUUUUCCUUUUAAGUGGAUUAACAAAAAAUGGAGAGAGGGUUUUUAUGUCACCUCAAUGGCCACUUCUGGUAGCAGAUGGGCAGUUGUUAUGUCUCGUGGUGCUGGAUUUUCCGACCAGGUGGUUGAACUUGACUUCCUUUAUCCUAGCGAAGGCAUCCACCGUCGGUGGGAUUGUGGGUAUCGUAUAACUGCUACUGCAGCAACGUGGGACCAGGCUGCUUUUAUUCUUAGUUUGCCAAGGAGGAGGCCAGUAGAUGAAACACAGGAAACUCUCAGAACAUCUGCAUUUCCAAGCACUCAUGUCAAGGAGAAGUGGGAAAAAAAUCUUUACCUAGCUUCCAUUUGUUAUGGACGAACAGUUUCAUAAGCUGCCUCAUUCUUUUGUUUAGGAUCUCCUUGGUGACAUGGUUGAAGGUGCAGGCCUGUUAAACUCUCAAAGUCAAUUGUAACUAAAAUAUAGGUGCUUUUGGUUGAACUUUUCUGCUGCAUUCCUCCCACCACUGUGUGGGAUGUCUCUUCGUCUCAUGUGCCCCGGAAUUCCAGAAAUGAUGGGUCAGUCUGUUAACUCUCCGUAGUUUCUAAGUAAUAAGAACUUUGUUUAGGUCAGAUGCAAAAUGGCAAAAGUUUCCUAUUUUCUUGGUUUGCUUGUUGAUGUGAAAAUAUUGCCAAUGUUCCUUUGAUCAUAUUGUUCAAUUUUAGUGAGAAGUGGGACAAGCAAAA